UGAGCCUCCACGCUUCAAGCUAAGGAAGACAGCAGCACGGCGAUAGGACCUUCAGUGUAAAGUAGUUAGUAGUUUCCAUAAAAUGCCUGUCAUUGCUCGUUUACUCUCAUAACUAUCCCGUAACUAUUAGACGGAGGCCCUGUCUCGUGGUCUGAAUCAACCAUGGAGCCUAUGAUAAAUCAUCUUUGGCCAAGAGUCUUCCAGCGCCUCCACAGAACCUCACUUCUUCUGAAGCGGACUCAUUCAGGAUGUGCUGCUGAACAUGCCACCACUCCUGCCCCCAGUAGCUCCAGACACACCCGCAAACCCACACUCCUGGUGUCUCGCCUUUACCAGCCUGCAAAUUUACGUGAUUCGGACACCCGGCUUCAAGGAGAAAUGACGUGCAAGAGCCAGAGGCUCAUGCAGCAGGCUGGGCUCAUCCAUCCAUCCAACCCAGGGUGCUACUACUAUCUUCCUGCCACCGUGCGCUCCAUGGAGAAGCUGGUGAGAAUUAUAGACCAGGAGAUGCAGGCCAUUGGUGGACAGAAGCUGGACAUGCCGAGUUUGUGCUCUGCUGAUCUCUGGAAAAACAGUGACCGCUGGGAUUUGAUGGGAAAGGAGCUGCUUUGUCUAAAAGAUCGCCAUGGAGCUGACUACUGCCUGGCUCCCACACAUGAGGAGGCUGUGACGACUCUGGUGGCUCAUCAGAAGACUCUCUCCUACAAACAGCUCCCUCUGCUGCUCUAUCAGAUGACGCGAAAAUUCAGGGAUGAGCCAAAGCCAAAGUAUGGUCUGCUUCGAGGGCGUGAGUUCUACAUGAAGGACAUGUACUCAUUUGAUGUGAGUGAAGAAGCAGCUUAUGAGACCUAUGAGUCUGUGUGCCAGGCGUACAACAGGCUCUUCGCUCGUCUUGGUCUGCAGUGCGUUCAGGUGCAGGCAGACACGGGAAACAUUGGCGGUACACUCUCCCACGAGUUCCAGCUGCCAGCAGACAUCGGUGAGGACAAGCUGCUCAUCUGUGGGAGCUGCUCCUUCUCUGCUAAUGUAGAGACGCUUUCAUCUGACAGAACCCGGUGCCCACAGUGUAAAACUGGCACACUAGAAGAGUCCAAGGGUAUAGAAGUCGGCCACACCUUUUACCUGGGUAAAAAGUACUCUCAUAUUUUCAAUGCCACCUUUAGCAACGCCCAGAACAAGCUCAGUGUCACAGAGAUGGGCUGCUAUGGUCUUGGGGUGACUCGUAUUCUCGCAGCAGCCAUUGAGGUAAUGUCAACAGACGAUGAGAUCCGCUGGCCCGGCCUCAUCGCCCCCUAUCAGGUUUGUGUUUUACCUCCUAAGAAGGGCAGUAAGGUGGAUGGAGCCUCGGUCUUAGCGGAGGAGCUGGUUCAUACUUUAGGAGAGACUCUGCCACGUUUGAGAGGGGAAGUAGUCCUUGAUGACCGCACACAGAUGACCAUUGGAAAGAGGCUGAAGGACGCCAGUAGACUCGGUUAUCCAUAUGUAGUCAUCGUGGGACAGGGAGCUCUAGAGGAAACACCCAGGUAUGAGGUGAUCUGUCAGCAAAUGGGUGAGACUAUGCUUCUCAGUAAAGAUGGGCUGUUAGAUCUUAUGGGACAAGUAGAAACUGUAUGAAUACCAAUCUGAAAUUGGGGAUGAAUAUUUUCUGUUUGAAAGUUCUUUGUAAGAAGCAAAAUUUAUAAGUGAGAGGGGCUGCAGCAAAGAAUGUCCAAGUUUUGUCUUCACUGAUUUUAGAAAAGGAAUGUCAAGUUGAGCCUGUUUUGUCUCUGUGCAAAUAAAAAUGUGACCUCACACAAGGGAACGGAAAUG